AUGGUUUUUUCAGGACCACCUACUGGAAUGAUCCUGGUCUUUAAAAUAGAAGUGCUAAUGAAUGGAAGGAAACAUUUUGUGGAGAAGAGAUAUAGUGAAUUCCAUGCACUUCAUAAAAAGCUCAAGAAGUUCAUAAGAACUCCAGAGAUCCCUUCAAAGCAUGUGAGAAACUGGGUCCCCAAGGUUCUAGAGCAGCGACGGCAAGGCUUGGAGUUGUACUUGCAGGGAACAGUUCAACAGCAACUGCAAAAACUAAAAACAAAUGAGCUAGUUCUGCAGAUAGUGACUGCAGAAGGAAAACUGUCUUACAGAAAAUUUGGCCCAAGGUGUCACUUCUUCGUGGGCCAUGGUGGUUUUCUUUAA